UAUUAAAAAAAAAAAUGUUUUGAGUCAUCUUUUGGUAUAUAUCCAAAAUUGUAAUUAGAAACCCACAAAUAUAAUCAUGCCAGUUUCAGCAACAUCAUCACUAGUUGCUCCAACUCCACAUGACAACUCCAAUAUCUUUCGACGUUCAGCAAAUUUUCACCCUACCAUUUGGGGAGACCAUUUUAUUCAAUAUGUUUCAGAACCUAUGGAAAUUGAUGAAAUAAUGAAGCAGAUUGUGAUGCUAAAAGAAAAGGUGAGCAAGAUGCUAGUCCUUAUGAACGAGAGUGCCACGAGACCUUUGGAGGAGGCUAAUUUGAUCGAUUCAAUCCAACGUUUGGGAUUGUAUCAUCAUUUUGAGCAUGAGAUUGGGGAAGUGUUGCAACAUAUUCAUAAUAGUUAUGUUGAAAAUGGAGCAAUAACUCUUAAUGAAGACCUUCAUUGUGUUGCACUUGUCUUCAGGUUACUAAGGCAACAAGGAUAUCACAUUUUGCCCGAUGUUUUUAAGAAGUUCAAAAACGAGCAAGGAAACUUCAACGAAACCCUUUUUGGUGAUGUUGAGGGAAUGAUAAGUUUAUUUGAAGUCACACAUAUGAGGAUUCAUGGAGAGGAUAUAUUAGAUGAAGCGUUUGUUUUCACUUCAUCACACCUUGAAAUGAUGACCCCUCAAUUGAGUCUCUCUCUUGCUGCAAAAGUUAAUCAUAGCUUAAAGUGGCCACUCUUCAAGAACUUGCCUAGGCUAGUAGCAAGAUAUUACAUUUCCACUUAUGAGGAAGACCCCUCACAUGAUGCAACUUUGUUAUUACUUGCCAAAUUAGAUUUCAACUUGCUUCAAAAACAACACAAAAAAGAAGCUGGCGAACUUUCAAAAUGGUGGAAAGAUUUGGAUUUGGAAACAAAGUUUCCUUUUGCACGUAAUAGAAUAAUUGAACUUUACUUUUGGUCAAUGGGAGUGUAUUUUGAGCCUCAAUACUCUCUUGGUAGAAGAAUAAUGACCAAAGUACUUUCCUUGGUAUCAAUAAUUGAUGAUACGUAUGAUGUUUAUGGUACAAUAGAAGAGCUACAACUUUUCACAGAUGCAAUUGAAAGGUGGGAUAUCAAAUGCAUGGAUUUUCUACCAGAGUACAUGAAAUGUGUCUAUAACUCCCUUUUGGAUCUUUAUGAAGAAAUUGAACAAGAGAUGGCCAAGGAAGGAAGGACAUUAAGUGCAAUCUAUGUCAAAAAUGAACUGAUAAGAUUGGUCCAGUCGUACUUUACCGAGGCUAAAUGGUUCAAUAGCAAAUAUAUACCGACGGUGGAAGAGUACGUGGCUAACGGAAUAGUAACUUCUGUUAACUAUCUACUCACAGCAAUAUCUUUCAUCGGAAUGGGGUCCAUUGCUACACAAGAGACUUUCCGAUGGUUAACCAAUCGUCCCAAAAUUGUUAGUGCUUCAUGCAUCAUCGGUAGACUCGUGAAUGAUCUUCUUUCCAACGAGUUUGAGCAGAAGAGAGGACAUGUUGCCUCUGCUAUUGAGUGUUACAUGAAACAAUAUGGUGUGUCCAGAGAAGAUGCAAUUAAUGAAAUUUCAAGACAAGUGACAAAUGCUUGGAAGGAUAUCAAUGAGAAUCUUCUUCAUCCUAUUCAAGUUCCAAAGCCUCUCCUUAUCAGAGUUCUCAACUUGACACGUGCGAUUGAUGUCAUGUACAAAGAAGAAGAUGGCUACACUCACUCCCUUCGAUUGACAAAGAAUUACAUUCAAUCUAUCAUGUUGAAUCCAUGUCAAAUAUGACAAAAUUACGGACUUCUUUGCACUACAAAUUUCUUUUCAUCAAACAUUCAAAUAAUUAAUG